AUGCCGAUUUUCGAUGCCCUGUAUGGUGAGACCGAAAUCAAAUUGAUUCCGAUGCGGCAUGAACAAGGGGCUUCCCACGCCGCUGAUGGCUACGCACGCGCCACUGGGAACGUCGGGGUCGCACUCGCAACCUCCGGUCCCGGCGCAACCAAUCUCGUCACAGGUAUCGCAACCGCUUAUAUGGAUUCGAUUCCAAUGGUCGCGAUCACCGGACAGGUCUUCACCCACUAUAUCGGCAGCGAUGCUUUCCAAGAGUGCGAUAUUAUCGGUGUAACGCGUCCGAUCUGUAAGCAUAGUUAUCUCAUCAAAAAUUCCGACGAGGUAGCAGAUGUCAGUGUCCUCACUGAACUGAACAAACAGGUCGGCAUAGCGGACAUCGAUCCAUGGCGCGACCAGAUUCAGGAGUGGAAGCAGAAGUACCCAUUUGAAUACGAGCAAAAAGCCGAUAAAGUGAUGCCGCAAUACGUCAUUGAGCAGAUUUAUGAACAUUUCAGCGAUGCGAUUGUCGUCGCGGAUGUCGGACAACACCAGAUGUGGGCGGCGCAAUACUUCAAAUUCACCGAACCUCGGCAGUGGCUCAAUUCCGGUGGUCUCGGUACGAUGGGCUUCAGUCUCCCCGCCGCAAUCGGUGCGCAACUUGGAUGUCCAGACAAAACCGUCGUCAACAUCAACGGCGAUGGCUCCUAUAUCAUGACGAUCCAAGAAUUAGUGCCAGCAGUUACUAUGAAGCUGCCGCUAAAGAUUUUCAUCAUCAAUAAUAUGUAUUUGGGAAUGGUACGCCAAUGGCAGGAAUUGUUCCACGGCAAACGCUAUUCCGCUGUCGAUUACCACGACAAUCCCGAUUUCGCCUUACUUGCACAGGCAUUCGGUGCCACAGGCUUACGGGUUGAACACACUGAAGAUGUUGUGCCCGCACUACAGAAGGCAAAAGGGAUUACCGACGGUCCCGUCGUCAUUGACUUUAUUGUUGAUGAAGAAGAGAAUGUGUUCCCGAUGGUUCCAGCUGGUGCCGGACUCGGAGAUGUUAUCCGCGGGUUAUCUUAA